AGCAGCGGUGCAGGACAGUUCAGAGGAGCAGAGAGGAGAGGAGCUGUGCGGGAGAGACGGGUGUCCAUCCGUCAACUAGCUGGAGGAACGCACACCAACAAACCCCUAUGGCUGCUUGAGAAAUAACGAUACACCCCCCCUCCCCCUUUUUUCUCUUUCUCUGGGACUUUUGGCUUUUAGUAUUGCCCUGACCAGAAGUUGUUGCAAGUCUAAUUAGUUGCUCCAGGUUGAAAAGUGAAUCCACUUGCCGUGGACGUCUCUGGCGGUCAUGGAUACGCAUAUAAGAUGGAAAGUUAAACGGAGGAUAAGGGACGCCCAAAUCACUUUAGCGGUGAUUCUGCUUUUUGUCACAUCGCAAGCAAGUUCAGCGGAACCAGCAGACCUCUUGAAGAUUUUAGAUUUUCACAAUUUACCUGAGGGUGUUACAAAAACAACGGGUUUCUGCUCACAUAGGCGGUCAACACAAGGACCCGAUGUGGCUUACAGAGUAUCCAAAGAUGCCCAGCUCAGCGCCCCCACCAAACAGCUGUAUCCAGGUGAUGCAUUCCCGGAGGACUUUUCCAUCUUGGCUACAGUGAAGCCUAAGAAGGGCAGCCAGUCCUUCCUGUUGUCUGUGUACAAUGAACAAGGCAUCCAGCAGCUCGGACUGGAAGUGGGCCGCUCUCCCGUGUUCCUGUACGAGGACCACACAGGCAAGCCCAGCCCGGAGGACUACCCCCUGUUCAGAGGGGUCAACCUAGCUGACGGAAAAUGGCAUCGAGUGGCCAUCAGUGUGCACAAGCAGACCAUCACCCUCAUUCUGGACUGUAAAAAGAAGACCACCCAGAAGCUGCUCCGAAGCCCCCACCCCAUCAUCGAUACCAAGGGAAUUGUAGUGUUUGGAACUAGAAUACUUGAUGAAGAAGUCUUUGAGGGAGACAUCCAGCAGCUAAUGAUUGUAGCAGACCAUCGUGCUGCCUAUGACUACUGUGAGCACUACAGCCCAGAUUGUGAAGUGCCAAUGCCCGACCAGCCUCAGAACCAAGACCCCAACACUGAUGAAUAUAACCCAGAGGAGGACAGCUACUAUUAUGAAUACCCUUACUAUGAGGAUGCAGAUAGCAAGUCUUAUCAGUCACCAACUGAUUCUGAGACAACCACAAAAGAAGUCAAGGUGACAGGUGGAGACAGCGUGGUGACCAAAGUGGAGGAGAUUUUGGGCGGCGGUUCUGCUGGCAAAGUGUUGACCUCCAUUUCCACUAGCUCAUCCUCUAGCGGAACCGGCCACUCUUCACCGAGCUCUUCAGGCACAGCAGCUGGCGGAGGAGACGCCUACGGAGAGGAGACCAGCCCUUACGACAACUACGAAGGCUACGGUAACUACGAGACCUACUACGACGAGUCCACGGCAUCACCUGAUGGCGACACUUCUCGUCGUGUCACCAUCACCAGCACCAGCAUUGGCACCGGGGGUGAGCUGGAUCUGGGAGCAGGGGGAAAGAUUACCUUGGAUGGGACUGGAGGAAGGGUCAUCACCAGUGGAGGAGGAACCUCAAUAACCAUCACCAGCAAUAAGACAACAGUGGGGGGUUCCUACGAUGACUAUGGCGAUGGAUAUGAUUAUGGCGUGGACAGCCAUUACACCACUGGUGGAGGCGGUGGCAGCAGCAGUACAGUUCACAUCGGUGGUGGAGGAAGCAGUAGCAGUACAGUUCACAUCAGUGGUGGAGGAGGCAGUAGCAGCACAAUUCAUCUUGGUGGUGGAGGAAGCAGUAGCAGCAGCACUGUGCACAACAGUGGAGGUGGCGGCAGCAGCACAGUUCAUGUCAGUGGUGGAGGAGGCAGCAGCAGCAGCAGUACAGUCCACAUUGGAGGUGGAGGAGGCAGCAGCAGCAGCAGUUCUACCAUCACCAUGGGGGGCGGUUCUGUGUCUGCAGGAGGUGGUUCUGUGUCUGUGGGAGGAUCUUCCACUGCUGGAGGUGGAUCAGCCAGCGCCGGCACCGGAGCAGGCGGGUCCAUUGCCACCGGAACAGGCCUGGGCGUGGAAGGCGAGGGUGACUACACGGAUCUGGAUGCGUUCAAGGAAGAGCACAUAUCCACCGACUAUAGCGAUUUGGACAUCUAUGACGCCUAUGGAGACCUGGAUUAUGGCGACAAAGACGGCAAAGUGCUGCCUGCUGAGACCGAUGAGUAUUAUGGACAGGUCGACGGAGCUCGCGGCGAGAAGGGACAGAAGGGAGAGCCUGCUGUUAUUGAGCCUGGAAUGUUGGUGGAGGGUCCGCCUGGGCCUGAAGGGCCAACAGGUCUCCCCGGACCUCCAGGUGCUUCUGGCCCACCAGGCAGCCCUGGAGAUGUUGGAGAGAGGGGUCCUCCGGGUCGUGCUGGUCUUCCUGGUGCUGAUGGUCUGCCAGGACCCCCUGGAACUGUCCUGAUGUUGCCAUUCAGAUUCAGCGCUGGAGGUGACUCUGGACAGAAGGGACCUGCUGUAUCAGCACAGGAGGCCCAGAUGCAAGCCAUCAUGCAGCAGGCUAGGCUCGCCAUGCGUGGCCCUACAGGUCCAAUGGGUUUGACUGGCAGGCCCGGCCCUCUGGGUCCUCCUGGUGUUUCAGGACUGAAGGGAGAGAGUGGAGAGGCAGGCCCUCAGGGACCACGUGGUCCUUUGGGACCCCCAGGACCUUCUGGAAAGCCUGGCAGAAGGGGUCGUCCUGGAUCUGACGGCGCCAGGGGCAUGCCAGGACAGUCUGGACCCAAGGGAGACAGAGGGUUCGAUGGCCUGGCUGGACUUCCUGGUGAAAAAGGACACAGAGGUGAACCUGGCCCCUCCGGACCUCCUGGUGCUCCUGGAGAGGAUGGAGAGAGGGGAGAUGAUGGAGAGAUCGGACCCAGGGGACUUCCUGGUGAACCAGGGCCCCGUGGUUUGCUGGGACCAAAAGGACCUCAGGGACCUCCUGGACCCCCUGGUGUUACUGGAAUGGAUGGCCACCCUGGACCCAAAGGAAACAUAGGACCUCAAGGAGAGCCAGGACCUCCUGGACAGCAAGGCAACCCAGGUGCCCAGGGACUUCCAGGGCCCCAAGGAGCCAUCGGACCUCCUGGAGAGAAGGGUCCUACUGGAAAACCCGGUUUGCCAGGAAUGCCAGGAGCUGAUGGUCCUCCGGGUCACCCUGGAAAGGAGGGGCCUUCUGGAGAGAAAGGACACAUGGGCCCGGCUGGCCCUCAAGGACCCAUUGGUUAUCCUGGGCCCCGAGGCGUGAAGGGAGCUGACGGUGUUCGUGGUCUUAAAGGAAAUAAGGGUGAAAAGGGAGAAGACGGCUUCCCCGGCUUCAAGGGAGAUAUGGGUAUCAAGGGCGACAGGGGAGAGAUUGGAUCCGCAGGACCCAGAGGAGAAGAUGGUCCUGAGGGACCAAAGGGUCGCUCAGGUCUACCAGGAGACGCCGGUCCUCUUGGGCCAAGUGGUGAGAAGGGUAAACUUGGAGUUCCCGGAUUGCCAGGAUACCCAGGAAGACAAGGACCAAAGGGAUCUCAGGGUUUCCAAGGUUUCCCUGGCGCCAAUGGAGAGAAAGGAACUCGGGGAACAGCAGGAAAGCCUGGCCCACGCGGACAGAGAGGACCAACGGGCCCUCGAGGAGAGAGAGGACCAAGAGGACCAACAGGAAAAGCUGGACCAAAGGGCAACUCAGGAAAUGACGGCCCACCAGGACCUCCAGGAGAGAGGGGUCUGCCAGGCCCUCAGGGACCAACAGGUUUCCCAGGACCAAAGGGCCCACCUGGGCCUGCGGGGAAAGACGGACUCCCUGGACAUCCUGGACAGAGAGGAGAGACUGGAUUCCAAGGCAAGACUGGCCCUCCUGGUCCUCCAGGCGUGGUUGGACCUCAGGGACCAACAGGUGAGACUGGACCAAUGGGAGACCGGGGCCACCCUGGACCCCCAGGCCCACCUGGUGAGCAGGGUCUCCCUGGAGCAGCUGGAAAAGAAGGAGCCAAGGGUGACCCUGGUCCUGCUGGCCCAGCAGGUAAAGAUGGCCCUCCUGGGCCAAGAGGUUUCCCUGGAGAGAGAGGUCUGCCUGGCCCUGUGGGGGCUCAUGGCCUGAAAGGGAAUGAGGGUCCUCACGGCCCACCUGGCCCUGCUGGUUCUCCUGGCGAGCGUGGUCCUGCUGGCCCAGCCGGACCCACAGGUCUCCCUGGACGUCCUGGCCCUCAGGGACCUCCAGGCCCUGCUGGAGAGAAAGGCGGACCGGGAGAGAAAGGACCUCAAGGCCCAGCUGGAAGAGAUGGUAUUCAGGGACCUGUGGGUCUGCCAGGACCUGGAGGACCUCCUGGACCACCUGGAGAGGAUGGAGACAAGGGAGAGAUUGGAGAGCCAGGCCAGAAAGGAAGCAAAGGUGACAAAGGAGAACAUGGUCCACCUGGUCCUACUGGUCCUCAAGGACCUGUUGGAGCACCUGGUCCUGCUGGUGCAGAUGGUGAGCCUGGUCCCAGAGGUCAGCAGGGUCUGUUUGGCCAGAAGGGAGAUGAAGGAUCGAGGGGUUUCCCUGGACCUCCAGGCCCAGUCGGGCUGCAGGGCUUGCCUGGUCCACCUGGUGAGAAAGGUGAAACUGGAGACGUCGGUCAGAUGGGUCCACCCGGUCCCCCUGGUCCCAGAGGCCCCUCAGGACCCCCAGGAGCCGAUGGCCCUCAGGGACCUCCUGGUGGUAUUGGAAACCCUGGUGCUGUUGGAGAAAAGGGAGAUGCUGGUGAGUCAGGAGAGCCGGGUCUUCAGGGAGAAGUUGGCCCACCAGGUCCAAGAGGAGAACGAGGAGAAAAGGGAGAGUCCGGUCCGGCUGGUGCAGCUGGACCUCCCGGCCCUAAGGGUCCCCCUGGAGAUGAUGGUCCCAAAGGCAGUCCUGGUCCAAGUGGAUUCCCCGGUGACCCUGGUCCCCCUGGAGAGCCCGGUCCAGCUGGGUUAGACGGUCCACCUGGUGACAAGGGAGAUGAUGGAGAGGCUGGUCAGGCUGGUUCUCCUGGACCCACUGGAGAGUCUGGUCCCUCUGGACCACCAGGAAAGAGAGGACCCCCUGGAGCUGCUGGACCUGAGGGAAGACAAGGAGAGAAGGGAGCCAAGGGAGAGCCUGGCUUGGAAGGUCCCCAAGGAAAGACGGGUCCUGUUGGUCCUCAAGGAUCACCUGGCAAGCCUGGUUCUGAAGGUCUCAGGGGUAUCCCUGGCCCAGUUGGAGAACAAGGUCUACCCGGUUCCCCAGGCCCAGAUGGACCUCCCGGACCUAUGGGUCCUCCUGGUUUACCCGGUCUGAAAGGAGACUCUGGUGUCAAAGGAGAAAAGGGCCAUCCAGGUCUUAUUGGUCUUAUCGGACCCCCAGGUGAACAGGGAGAAAAAGGUGACAGGGGUCUUCCUGGUCCUGCGGGAUCACACGGUUCCAAAGGAGACACUGGUAUUGCAGGUCCUUCAGGUCCACUUGGUCCCCUUGGUCCCCCUGGAUUACCUGGUCCUCCUGGUCCCAAAGGUGCUAAAGGGUCGUCGGGUCAAACUGGACCAAAGGGAGAGACUGGUUCACCUGGACCUCCUGGCCCACCUGGACCUCCCGGCGAUGUUAUCCACCCACUCCCCAUCCAGGCCCCCAUUAAGGGCAGAGCUCGCAGGAACAUCGAUGCCAGCCAGAUGAUGGACGACGCAGCCGUCGAUGCCAACUACAAGGACUACGACGACGGCAUGGAGGAAAUCUUUGGCUCGCUCAACUCUCUUAAGCUGGAGAUCGAGCAGAUGAAGCACCCGCUGGGCACACAGGGCAACCCCGCUCGUACCUGCAAGGACCUGCAGCUCUGCCACCCUGAUUUCCCAGAUGGUGAGUACUGGAUUGAUCCAAACCAGGGCUGCUCUCGGGACUCCUUCAAGGUUUACUGCAACUUCACAGCAGGUGGAGAGAGCUGCAUCUUCCCGGAUAAGAAGUCUGAAGGGAGCAAAAUGGCAAAAUGGCCCAAAGACUCGCCAGGCACAUGGUAUAGUCACUACAAGAGAGGUUCCCUGCUCUCCUACGUGGAUGUGGAGGGAAACCCCAUCGGCGUGGUCCAGAUGACUUUCUUGCGGUUGCUGAGCGCAGCAGCCAGACAGAACAUGACGUACAACUGCUACCAGUCGGUGGCCUGGCACGACCAGGACCAGGACAACUACGACAAGGCCAUCCGCUUCCUGGGCUCCAACGAUGAGGAGAUGUCUUACGAUAACAACCCCUACAUCCGCGCCCUGGUCGAUGGCUGUGCGUUGAAAAAGGGCUAUGAAAAGACAGUACUUGAGAUCAACACGCCAAAGGUGGAGCAGGUGCCAUUUGUGGACAUCAUGUUCAACGACUUUGGCGGCUCCACGCAGAAGUUCGGAUUCGAAGUGGGCCCUGUCUGUUUCAUCGGCUAAGACUGUUUACUGAGCAAAUGGAGAAAAAAAAAAAGCAUAUAUUUGUUUUCUCAGAAAAAAAAAAACAAUUGAAAAAAGAAUAGGACAAUUCUAUUUGUAAAAAAGUAACUUUUUUUUUCCAUAAAGCAACAAGUACGAGUAAAAUGAAAUCAAGUUGAGAAUACAGUGAAAUUCUAUAGGAAUAGAGGAAAACAAAAUAACCUUGAAACCUCAGUGCGCCUUCUCCAUCACAUGCAAGUUUUGAAACUGGAUGUCAGAUCCUGCCUCCUGUACGACACACUCGCACGCACACGACCCCGCGUCAUCACACUCGAUUUAGUCUUUUUUGACCCAAACAUCGAAGGCGACCCUGAGAGCUGCAGCCGUUCCAGACGCUCGCAGCAUUUGCCAUGGACUCCAUCAGAUUUGGCUCUUUUCUGUAGUUUUCAUGUUCUCCCUCAUCUCCCUGGCUUUUUUUCCGCUUGUCUUUUGUUGGUUUGUUUGCUCAUUCACUACGGGAGCUUUGUUUGUGCAUAAUUGUCUCCCCAUUCUCUUGGAAUGGAUCUUAUAUAUAUAAAUAUAUAUAAAUAAUUUUUAUGUUUGUAAGUACAUUCUGUAUAUUUUUCCUGGUAAUGUUUAUUGCUUCUGGCUUCAAAACAUGCAUGUGACUUUAUUAAUUGUGAGGUAGGAGACAAUGGAUACGGGGAUAACAUCUAAAUUGUAGAAAUAUAUCGAAAGCGAGGAAAUUUGACUUGUAAAUUGAAAAACGGAAGAACAAAAAAAAAAGAAAUUGGGAAGUCCUGUCUUGCUGCGGUUGUGGAGCACACCUUGUUGUAAUUUAAGAACAGAAUGGAAAUAAAAGACGAAAACAAGCUCUGUGAUAUUAUGUGACAGUUUGAUUUGCGUAACGAAGAAAAAAUUAAGACAUUCCUCCUUCUGUGGCCUCUGAAUAGAACACCUACCUUGGUGGCAGUAUCAUUAACUUAAUAAACAGCUUCUGUCAUUUUUUUUCCUCAAACACUCAUCGAUCUGACUAUGCAAUGGGAGAUGAUGUCGCAUUUAAAUGAAAACACAAAGAAAUCAAAACCUAGGUGCUAUUUUCUCUCUUCUGUGGUGCUAUGUAUUUUUCUAGUUUUUGUUGUUUGAAUGAAAGGAAAUUUGUGGUGAUGAUAUUCCGUCACCAGCUGCCCCUUGACUCUCUUAACCACCACGUCUGACGCAGGUGGAUCUUUGCUGAAUCCAUUUUGUUUUUGUUUGUUUCGUUUUUUUUCUUUCGUGUUCAGCGGUGGUGUUUGCAUGCCGUUUCUCUACGUAUCCACUCACAGAUCAGUGCAGCAUGCCGGCGUAUGUUAUCUCCUGCUUCAGCGGACCGCACAGAUCACAAACUUGUACCAAAUGUGGGGAUAAGGAGAGGAAGCUAAGACGGUGCUGUUUGCUUUGCAUAUCAUUGCUCUUAAGACGCUGCAUUAUGGCUCUUGCUGCCGGAUCAUCUGUGCCACAUCAGACUGGUGGAGACGUGGACAUGUUGUGAUUGGGCCAAAGCGUCCAAAAGGAUGUGGUCCAAAGUUGCGUGUGGUGUUUGAAACCCUUCCACCAAAGGUUUUCACGUAUAUAUUUAGCUUUAAGAGCCAGAGUGGCUUGAAAUCUUUUUUUUUUUUUUUUUUAUGGGAAACAACUUGAAAAGUAUUUCUUCUAGAUUUAACGGGAGUAGAAGCAGGUCACCAAAUUGGACAGAUGAAAGAGCAGCGUCAAAAAUUGCUUGUUGGUCGACUAUUUUGCCCUUAUUGUAAUUAUGCUCUUUGUUCAAACUAUGCACUCUCUAUGCUUAUGACCACUAGUAUCUACCACAGAAUUUUUACAGCCCUCCAUAUGUAGGUUUGUUUUAUUUCCUUCUUUCUUUUUUCUUUUUUUUAAAUCUUCAAAUAUGUGACUUGAACCAUUUCUGUUAACUCAAUAUGCUUGUAGAUCUUCGGCUUUACUUUUCAUUGUGAUGCAGCACGCCCAAAUUUAACACUUUUUGCUCUCAAUAAAAAGGACAAACAAAUUUUUGUAAAUUUCCAGAACCAGCAGUGAUGCUGCCAUCGUUUUGUUUCGUUUUUGUUUUAUUUUGUAGAUUUCCAUUUGUCUGUCUGUUUGUUUGUUUUCACAGUCUUGUCAAACCUGUGUAAGGAUAAGAGGAUAGAAGUUAUAUUGGUUUUUAUGUCAAUAAAUUCAAGUUUACUGUG